AUGGUUUCGAAUCGGGCCCUAGGGGCUCUGCCCUUCCUGCUCAUCCCUCCAUUCAUGGCCUACAUAUUCUCAUUCGCCCCGGUCAUUACCGUCGCUUUCGAGUCCAUGCUUGAAGAUGGGCAAUAUUCUCUCAACGGCGUACAAGCACCUCUCAGGAAAACAUUCUACGGCAUCGACUUCCUUGAUCAGAUACUCUCCCGCGUCUGUGUCGGAUUUGCCCAGCUGUUAUUAUUUCCUGCUGAUCCAAAGGGCUACUGGCAGCUCUUCUUGUUCUUGACAGAAUUUGCUGGUCUGUAUGGCAUCUUUAUUCUUGAAAGUUGCAGGGGAGCUCAUCGACGUUCCAUCAUUCUGUUUCCCAUCUAUUUCUUCAUCCUUUAUGUUAAGUCGCCACUCUCCAAGUUGAAGACACCCACAGCCCGGUCCAUCCCGGCGUCAGAUGCUGUGGCUGUUCUGCCAACCGUCGCCCUAGCAUACUAUUCCUCGCAGCUCCCCUCGCAGCUCCACGCCAACUAUGAAGCACGGCUAUGGUACACCUGGGUCUGGCAGAUUUAUCCCGUCUGGGGUUCUGCCAUCUUCUUUGUGUUGUCCAAGACACUGGGUCCUGCAUUGGCGCCGAAGCAAGCCAUGAGUGUACUGAAGCCUACGUUUGCCUUCUUCAUUGCUUCGAACAUUAUUUCUUACUGGUACAUGUUGUUGACCUCGGGAAUCUCCUUCUUCGACAUUAUGGUACCAAUUUAUUUCAUUGAAGCACCGCCAUCCGCAGAGGAGGUUCUCAGGACAAUUGUUCAGUAUGAUUAUGUCUUCACAUUUGGGGCGAUGGCCCUCUGGCUGGCAUACUCUUUCUGUGAUCUCAAGGCUGCAGGCAUUAUGAAGACGUCCUGGGUCACAAUUCUCGUUGUUGCUCUCGCCACAUCUUGCUCGGCUGGGUUGGGAACAACACUGCUGGCGGGGUGGCUUUGGCGCGAACAGCUACUGUCCACGCAAGAUGAUCGCAAGACAAAGUAA